AAACUAGUUUAAAUACAUAACAUAACCUUUGAAAUAACCUAUGUCAUCUGUGGUCUCUGAUAUGUCUAUGGAGUUUGGAGUUUGUUUUGUUUAGUUCAUUGCCAUUCAUUGCUUUCAUCUCAAUGUUUAUAAUUGCGAUUUAUAAUAACCAUUGAUGAACAUGCUGUUCAUCUUCAGUAUGGUGCGUUUGAAAACUUAACGAGUGAUGUUCGAUUUCAGUGUGUUAUUGUGGUACUAAGAGAACAGGUUCACUUAAAUAAAUGUGAUCAAAACACAUUUAUGUGCCGAGGUGUGAACAAACUAGUUAAAUAAUGGCCCAGGAUUUGACUAAAAUGUGUAGAACCUGCUUAGAUAAAGCGUUGCCCGCAACAUCUUUAUUUACUUUGCAGUACAUUAAUCAGAAAGAGCUCAGCUUGGCUCAAAUGCUUACAGCGAGUACUUCCAUAAUGGUAUUGGAAGAUGACAGUUUACCUAAACAAGUAUGCUCGCAAUGUGAAGUCAAUAUAUUCAAUACUUACAAUUUCCUACAGCAAUGUAAAAAAUCAGACUCUCUACUGCAGACGAUUAUUACCGACGCAAAUAUAAAACUAGAGUCUAGACAUCCACACAUCCACAUUGCAUCUGCGAACUCAACGCUAGAGCCUUCCAUGGAUGUUAGCAAUAUUUUUAACAGUUCUAACUUAGGUCAAGAAACCGAUGAUCAAAAUGACACUGAUAACUUUGAAAACGAGGUCAAUACUGUAAGUGAAGUUGUGGAACAACCCAUGAAGAAAAUUGUUAUACUUAUCGACCAGCAUGAGAGUUACAAUAACAUAAGCGAUAAUUUUGAAGAAGUGUAUAUUAAUUCCCCAUACACCUUCAAUGAAAACCAAAUUAAUUUUUCUCAUUACAAUGAUAACCGAGGUAUCAAGGAACUGAAUAUCCAGAAGUCCAAUAUACCACUUGAAGAUGAAACAAUGCAGCCCUUGUUUGCAUGCGAGGCAAAAGGUUGUUUCUCUUGUUUCACUUCUCCAACGGAUUUAAAACUUCAUAAUAGGACACACACUAGCAAACAGAACAUAUGCGAAUUAUGCAACAAGAUGUUUUCAAGUGCCAGUACACUGUCGCGGCACAUGGCCAGCAAGCAUCAACCCGAAAAGAAAACUCGUGUAUGUAGGGAAUGUGGCAAAAGUUUUUCAAGAUCUGACGAUUUGAAAAGGCAUAUUCGAGUGCAUACUGGUGACAGACCAUUCAGUUGUGAAAAGUGUGGAAAAGCAUUUUCGCAAUCGUUCAGAUUGUUGGAGCAUAUAAGGUCACAUUCUAAUGUCAAAAACUUCAUUUGUGCAGUAUGUGGUAAAGGAUUUGCUCGAUACACCAGUCUUCUUGUGCACAAUAAGACACAUAAUCAAGUAAAAUCACAUGAAUGUACGGAAUGUGGAAAGAGAUUGUGCGGGGCAACUUCUUUAUCCAGGCACAUGAAAAUGCAUUCGGGACUAAAAAAUUUUGCCUGUGGAUUUUGUAAAAAACGGUUUGCAUCAGCCAGUAAUUUAGUUGUCCAUAAAAGAACGCAUACAGUUUUCGACCGCAAUUUUUUGAGGAAAUUUGGACAAGGAAUACUUGUUGGUAAAAAAGGGUUUGUGUUAUUUAUUGUAGGCGAAAGGCCGUAUCCCUGCCUUACCUGCGGUAAAUCUUUUCCAGACAAUUCAAGAUUAAACGUUCACAGUCGAAUUCACAG